AUGUCUAUGAAGGAGUCGGAGGAGAGGUACUCAAUGAUCAAUUUGGAAGAGGAGAAUGAGGGUGGGAUAUCUUAUGACUCUGUUGAAAACGAUGGAUCAGGGGUGGAUACAAGGUGGUGCCUUGUUGGCCAUUUUUUAACAAAAAGAAUUAUUGAUUUUCAACAAAUGCAACAUAUGAUGGUUGCGUUUUGGCGACCUGGAAGGGGUAUGUAUGUAAAGGAGUUGGAAAACAAUCUCUAUCUAUUUCAAUUCUAUCAUGAAGUUGACAUAAGAAGGGUCAUCGAAGGGAGCCCUUGGACGUUUGAUAGGAUGCAAUUAGUUUUUGAAUGUUUGAAGGAGGGAGAUAAUCCGAGGCAAAUCACCUUGAACAGGCUUGACAUUUGGGUCCAGAUACAUGAUUUGCAACCAAGCCUCAUGUCUGAAAGGGUUGUUAAGGAUGUGGGGAAUAGUGUGGUUACGUUUGUUGAAUCUGAUCCGAAUAAUUUUACAGGGGUCAGGAGGGUCUAUCUUAGAGUGAGAGUUAAGCUUAAUAAUGAUAUUCCAAUCAAAAGGAGAAUGAAGAUCCGUAAAAGUGGCAGUGACUGGUUUUGGGUCACUUUCAAGUACGAAUACAUACCCACAUUUUGUUUUAUAUGUGGGAUCAUUGGUCACUCCAAGAGGUUUUGCGAUAAGCUGUUUGACACUCCAUUGGAGCAGAUUGUGAAGCCAUAUGGGGCCUGGAUGCGAGUAGCUUCUCGGCGACAGAACAAAAUGAUUGGAUCUAAAUGGCUGCGGUCGGGCUCUUCUUCUCAGGCGUCAUUCAUUGACGAUGGUCAUUCUGAUGGUGGUAACAGAGGAGUAAAUCUAAAUAUGGAAGGUGGUGUUAUGAGUGGGGAUUUGACCAGGCUAGAUUCGCGAGGAACAGGAAGGAUGGAAGGGAGCGGUAAUAGUGGGAUUGCUGGAGGUCAGAACUCAUUUAUGGAGGAGGAAAAUCAACGAUUGAGGAGGGAAGGUGGAACCCGUUUGAAUCAGGUAGAAGAUGAGGCAAAUAUUCCUAAUAUUGAGUUAACUAUUAAUGACCCUAAACGACGUCGUAUGAUUGAGGGAGGUGUUGUUGGGCCGAAUGAGGAUAUGGAGGGUGUUACGGGCCACGAAUCUAAUGGGCUUUCAAAAAAUGUGCAGCUAGCGGGUCCUGGGCUUGGGGCUCGCCUAUCUCAAUGA